AAAACUCUACGCUCUCUCCCAGUCCCCGCGAUAUUUUUGGUGCCGAAUUGGCUUCUUUCUUCUGAAUUCUGAUUCUCAACUCCUGCUACGGAGGCUGUUCCUCUGCGUUCCAGUUUUCGAGUUUUCGAGCUAUGGAGUCUCUAAUCAACGCUUCUCCUGCUGCGAUCGUCUCCUCCUCUUCUUCUUUUUCAAUGUCUUUGCCCAAUAGGAUUCCUUCUCUCAGAUCUUUUCAAGUUCCGCACGCCUCGAAAGGUAACGAGAACGAAUCUGAUUCUCAGACUGAUUCGAAUAACAUUAGGAACCUUCCAAUCCUAAGUAAACGCCACCUCUCUCUUUCCCCUCUUUCGAAGGAUGUUGCCAUGGGAGUGGUGCUUAGCGCAGCCACGGGAAGAGGAUGGACGACAGGGUCUGGCAUGGAAGGUCCCUCAGCUCCGGCUGGAUUGGAGGGCAAAUCAAGCACUGAGAAUAUCUCCACUUUCCCAUGGUCACUUUUCACGAAAUCUCCUCGUCGAAGAAUGCUUGUGGCUUUUACUUGUAACAUUUGUGGGCAACGAACGACACGAGCCAUCAACCCCCAUGCUUAUACUGAUGGCACUGUGUUUGUGCAGUGUUGUGGAUGCAGUGCAUACCACAAGCUCGUGGACAACUUGAACCUGUUUCAUGAGAUGAAAUGCUACAUCAACCCGAGUUUUAACUAUGGGAGUAAUGGAUGGGGCGAUGUAAACUUCAAAUAUCUGGACGAUGGAAGCGAUGAUAUAUACCCGAUACAAUGAGGUAAAUAAUGUGCUCAUCACUCACGGAGUAUGUACAUUCUGGACUCUUUUGUACAAGUACAAUUAUUUGUUAUAUAUAUUGUUCUAUAUAUCAUAUAGGAACCCGAUUUGGACAUAGAAAUUGAAUACCUUAAUUCUGCAGGUCAACCAGUGAAAUAAUUUUAAAGUGCUUUUGACCUCUUAAUUUUCUUCA